ACUUUUUAUUAUGGUUACUUAUUUUAUAAGCACGUGUUUUAGAAUGUAUUGAAACACUUUUGGCUAAAGAUGUCUACCACUUCGGAGGAUGAAGAAAAUAUUGUAAGCGAUAAAAAAGAAAGUAAUAAAGAAGAAUAUCUUAAAGAUGGGUCGGAAAAUCAAGAUCAAGAAAAUUUUGAAACUGACGAUGACGAAUGCGACCAGGAACAGAUUAAUAAAUCAUUAACUUGGAAAGAUUUGGGCUUAAAUGAAACAUUAUGUAAAGCUUGCGAAGAAUUGAAAUGGGAAACACCUUCAAGAAUUCAGAAGGAGUCCAUACCGUUGGCGUUACAAGGCAAAGAUAUAAUUGGUUUAGCUGAAACGGGUUCUGGAAAAACCGGAGCAUUCGCUUUGCCGAUCUUAGAAGCUUUGCUGGAUAAUCCCCAGAGAUUUUUUGCCUUAAUAUUAACACCCACAAGAGAACUGGCAUUUCAAAUCUCGGAGCAAUUUGAGGCUUUAGGUAGUGGUAUAGGUGUUAAAUGCUGUGUUAUUGUGGGCGGCAUGGAUAUGGUGUCACAAUCCUUGCAGUUGGGAAAAAAGCCGCAUAUAAUUAUAGCUACCCCUGGCCGUCUCGUAGAUCAUUUGGAAAACCUGAAAGGUUUCAACCUGAAGGCAAUUAAAUACUUGGUUAUGGACGAAGCCGAUCGUAUUUUGAACAUGGACUUUGAAGUGGAAUUAGAUAAGAUCCUGAAAGUUCUACCUAAAGAACGGCGUACUUUUCUUUUUAGUGCAACCAUGACGAAGAAAGUGAAAAAGUUGCAAAGAGCCUCUUUAAAAGAUCCUGUCAAAAUUGAAGUUUCAAAUAAAUAUCAGACCGUCGAACAACUCCUACAAUAUUACAUAUUCAUACCAGUUAAAUAUAAGGACGUUUACUUGGUGCAUAUACUGAACGAGUUAGCUGGUAAUAGUUUUAUGAUAUUCUGCAGUACUUGUAAUAACACAGUGAGAACGGCUCUAAUGCUUAGGGCCUUAGGUAUGGCGGCAAUACCUUUACAUGGUCAAAUGUCUCAAAAUAAACGCUUGGCUGCACUUAACAAGUUUAAAUCCAAAAAUCGUUCUAUACUUAUAUCCACCGAUGUGGCUUCAAGAGGCCUAGACAUACCCCAUGUGGAUGUAGUACUAAAUUUUGAUAUACCCACACACAGUAAAGAUUAUAUACAUAGAGUUGGUCGUACCGCGCGUGCUGGGCGAGCAGGCAAAGCAAUUACUUUUGUAACGCAAUAUGAUGUUGAACUCUAUCAACGAAUUGAACAUUUGCUUGGUAAACAACUGCCUCUGUAUAAAUGCGAGGAAGAUGAAGUGAUGGCUUUACAAGAACGUGUCAACGAGGCACAACGUACGGCUAAAUUGGAACUUAAAGAUAUUGAGGAAUCUAAGGGUAAACGUUUUAAAAAGGGCGGUGCUGCCGAUGCUGAUGAUUCGGAACAAUUCAUUGGAGCACGAAAACGUUUAAAAGUGGGUGGAAAUGUUAAAAAGAAUUGGAAAAGGGCUAAGAAAAAAUAAUUUUUAAAUGGCUAUUAAAAGAAAAUUUAGAAUAUGGAUAGAGCUUUUAUCAUUCAAUUAAUGUAAAUAAAUAAGAUUCAAACUAUUAUUUUAAAAGUUA